UCCCCAUCGAGAAGGAAAAGCUCUUCGUUUGUGACUCAAUCGGCAGAGAACAGAUCCAGACUUUUAAACUUGAUUAAUAAACUGCUGAAACACGAACAAUGGCGUCCUACUCCCCCGCCCCAACACAAGAGGAGACGAAUGGCGACAUCCCGUCUGAGAAGUCCAAUCCCCCGGGAGAGUCCAUGAAGCUGAAGAAGGAGAUCUCCCUCCUGAACGGGGUCUGCCUGAUCGUGGGCAACAUGAUCGGCUCGGGGAUCUUCGUCUCGCCCAAGGGCGUCCUCAUCCACAGCGCUUCCUACGGCCUCUCGCUGGUGGUGUGGACCGUUGGCGGGAUCUUCUCCGUGUUCGGUGCCCUGUGCUACGCCGAGCUGGGGACCACCAUCACCAAGUCGGGGGCCUCCUACGCCUACAUCCUGGAGGCCUUCGGGGGCUUCAUGGCCUUCAUCCGCCUGUGGACGUCGCUGCUCAUCAUCGAGCCGACCAGCCAGGCCGUCAUCGCCAUCACGUUCUCCAACUACAUGGUGCAGCCCAUCUUCCCCACCUGUAUAGCUCCGUACCUGGCCAACAGGAUGCUGGCGGCUGCAUGUAUAUGUUUGCUGACCUUUGUGAACUGUGCCUAUGUGAAGUGGGGCACCCGGGUCCAGGACUUCUUCACCUACGCCAAAGUCAUCGCUCUGAUCGCCGUCAUCAUCACCGGCUUGGUGAAGCUCGGACAAGGUUACACUCAGAACUUCGAGGAUCUUUUCUACGGCUCGUCUAAGGACCCGGGGGACAUCGCCCUGGCUCUGUACUCGGCCCUGUUCUCCUACUCCGGAUGGGACACCCUCAACUUUGUCACAGAGGAGAUUAAAAACCCAGAGAGGAACCUGCCACUGGCCAUCGCCAUCUCCAUGCCCGUAGUGACUGUGAUCUACAUUCUGACCAAUGUGGCGUACUACACCGUCCUCCCCAUGAACGCCAUCUUAGACAGUGAUGCUGUAGCUGUGACGUUUGCAGACCAGGUGUUUGGCGUGAUGAACUGGACCAUUCCCCUCGCCGUGGCUUUUUCCUGCUUCGGAGGACUCAACGCCUCCAUCCUGGCCUCGUCCAGGUUGUUCUUCGUGGGCUCCAGAGAGGGCCACCUCCCCGACUACCUGUGCAUGAUCCACGUCCACCGUUACACACCCGUCCCUGCGCUGCUCUUCAAUGGCGUCAUGGCUCUUAUAUACUUGUGUGUAGAAGACGUCUUCAGGUUGAUCAACUACUACAGCUUCAGCUACUGGUUCUUUGUGGGUCUGUCCAUUCUGGGGCAGCUGUACCUGCGCUGGAAGCAGCCGGACAGAGAGAGACCACUGAAGCUCAGUCUCUUCUUCCCCAUCGUCUUCUGCCUCCUCACCGUCUUCCUCGUGGUCGUGCCGCUCUACAGCGACACCAUCAACUCCCUGAUUGGAAUCGGCAUCGCCCUCUCGGGAGUGCCCGUCUACUUCCUCUGCAUCAAGACUCCCGCCACUAAGAGGCCAAUGUGGGUGCGGCGCUUCAUCGCUAAAUCUGGCCUGGUGAUCCAGAAGGUUUGCUUCUCUGUUCUGACUGAAAUGGACAUUGACAAGGAAGAGUAGACGUUUUGGUUUCAACAUGCAGCCGCAGACCGACCACGCACAAACAGAGGCUCGACUCGAACUCAUCCUGGCCGGUCAACUGCCGCCGCUCGGCCUCGACUGAAGAACACUUGGGUCUGAGCUGGACCCAGCUCUCCGACCUGUCAAUCAUCACCCUGUAAUAUGUUUAAUGAAUGAAGGCUCCAGGUGCUUGAAGGCAGGAUUUCACUCUUAACUGACUUGACUGAUUUCAGAAAGAACAAUUAAAUGUACCUCUGAAGAAAUCACCUUCCGGUUUCUGUAACAGAACAGUCGAUAAUUAUUUAAUUGACAUAUCGAGACAAGUGUUUUGUGUGAAGACACAUACAGGCGACACCUUUCUGAUCAUAGGGGAAGGUGACAAAUAUGGUUUUAAUUGUUUGAGCGGACGGGAGAUGAUCUUCGAAACUGACAGUAAGGGUGACCAUUGAAACAUCCUUGGUUUUAUAAUUAUUAUCACAUAAGAAAAGAAAGGACUUAUAUAGAUUAGAAUAAGCUUCACAUUCAAAGUGGAGGAUAAAGUAUAUAUAUAUCAUAUAAAGUGUUAUACACAGUCACCUGCGAGGUCUAGUGAAGUAAAGGGCUAUUUUUACACAAAGUAACUCAGUAUUUUCUUGGGCUGUUAAAUGUAAUUUUGAGACAGUUGAGCUGAA